AUGUCCGACGACGAAUCCCAGAACAUCAACUUUGAGACCGCGCACGCCGGUGCCUCGCUGACCUACCCCCAGCAGUGCUCUGCUCUGCGCAAGAACGGUCACGUCGUGAUCAAGGGCCGCCCUUGCAAGAUCAUUGACAUGUCCACCUCCAAGACCGGCAAGCACGGCCACGCCAAAGUGCACCUUGUUGCUACGGACAUUUUCACCAACAGGAAGUACGAAGACAUUUCGCCCUCGACGCACAACAUGGAUGUGCCGAACGUGACCCGUCGCGAGUACCAGCUGAUUAACAUUGACGACGGCUACCUCAACCUGAUGUCCAACGACGGCAACUCCAAGGACGACGUCAAGGUGCCCGAGGGCGAGAUUGGCGACCAGAUCAGCGCCGAGUUUGACGAGGGCAAGGACCUCAUGGUCACGAUUGUGUCGGCCAUGAACGAGGAGCACGCACUCUCUUUCAAGGAGGCUCCCCAGGGCAAGUAA